GAUGCGACUGAUAUUCUCAGCCGUGUCUCACUCAUUCACAUGGACCUAAGAGAUAUACCGGCUGGAUUCCGUGCAUGUAACAAGCAAGGCAAGCCAAUUUCAUCAAGGCGGCCCGACAUGUUUAUGCCCAAGGGAAAACAUGCCCAGGGUUCAUGGUUCAUCUCCCGUUACUUUCACUCCAGUGCUGGCAAAUAUCAAUCCACGGCUCUUUAUGUCCGAAAGGAAAACAGACGGCUCGCUCUCAUUCUAUCUCGUCGCCUUGCCGCAGGAAAUCCUAGAGACUGCAGCCAGCCCGGGAAAAAUCGCACCGCCAAAGCCAAACAUAUACAUAUCGUUAAGAGACGAACGGGCUGA